AUGUCCAACUUAUUAAAGAGUGCUCAAUCCUUAAAGCCAUUGUUUGACAGAGUCUUAGUUCAAAGACUUAAGCCAAUUACAAAGACUGCUACAGGUAUUUACAUUCCAGAAAAGAACCAAGAAAAAUUAAAUCAAGGUACUGUUAUUGCUGCUGGUCCUGGUAUCACUAACACUACCACUGGUCAAGUUAUCCCAACUUCUGUUAAGGCUGGUGAUAAAGUCUUAUUACCAAAUUUCGGUGGUAACCCAGUCAAGAUUGGUGAAGAAGAAUACUUGUUGUAUACUGAUAAGGAAAUCUUAGCUAAGAUUGAAGAUAACUAG